CCCACUAAAAGGAACCAUGGUUACCGAGCAACGGCAUCCCUCCGGUAUGCGAUUUGCACUGCACGCGUUGUUUGUGUACUGGCAUGGAAGUUUAAUUCAUUGGUGUUUCGUGGAUCUGAGUGUCUUUAAAGAGGAACUGCUGCUGCUGCUGCUGCUGGUGAUGGAGCAGCAGAGUCAGGACACUGCUGGAGGAGCACAGUCUGUGAAGGAGGAGGAGGAGGAGACCCUGGCAGACGAGGCAGCUCCGGGUUCAGAGGAGGAAGACGACGAGUCGCUUCCUCACUCGGAGGUCCUGGAUAUUUUCGAGGAGGGACUGGCUCGACUCGUGCAGGACCCUUUACUCUGUGACCUGCCGAUACAGGUGACUCUGGAGGAGGUCAAUUCUCAAAUAGCGUUGGAGUACGGCCAGGCGAUGACCGUGAGGGUCUUAAAGGCGGAUGGUGAAAUCAUGCCCAUAGUGGUGGUGCAAAAUGCUACUGUCCUUGACCUGAAGAAAGCCAUUCGCAGAUUCAUGGAGCUCAAACAGCAACGUGAAGGUGGAGUGAAACAUGUUAGCUGGAGAUAUGUUUGGAGAACAUAUCUUUUAGUAUUUCAGGGGGAAAAGCUUGAAGACGACAAGAUGAGGCUUAAAGACUACGGGAUCAGGAACAGGGAUGAAGUGACGUUCAUGAAGAGACUGAGGAAAAAGUGAAAUGUCACAACCAACAUUUGUCACGUCAAAAAACCCACAAACACUCUAGUUCCGGCGGUGUGCACUGGUUCACCAGUUCCUCAGACUUGAAAUGAUUUUGACAAAGUAUUCAUGAGAAUUCAACUUGUUUUAUUAUUAGUUUAUGGAGCGGUCAUGUUGGGAAUAAUCUUUGUAAACUCCCGCAUAUUCAGACACACACUUUUACAAACCGAGCUGUUUAUUUUAAAAGAGGCUAAAUGUAAAUACAAUAUCUGGAUGCUAAGCCUCAAGUUAUAAUGUGAUUUUUGUAUACAUGUCUGCAAAUAUUAAAAUAAACAACAGUAUUUUUUAUUUUA